CUCCGGGGCGGGGGCGGGGGGCGCGGGCACCGGCGACCCCGGUGGCGGCGGCGGCGGCCGGGGGAAGCCGCGGGGCCGGUCAUGCGGCUGCGGGGCCCGCGGCCCGGAGCGUGCGCCCAGCCCUGAGCGAGGCCCCGCAGGGCGCCCCCCGCCGCUGAGGAUGAGUCACUGCAGCAGCCGCGCCCUGACCCUGCUGAGCAGCGUGUUUGGUGCGUGUGGCCUGCUGCUAGUGGGCAUCGCGGUCAGCACUGAUUACUGGCUGUACAUGGAGGAGGGAACGGUGCUGCCGCAGAACCAGACCACGGAGGUCAAGAUGGCGCUGCAUGCCGGCCUCUGGCGAGUCUGCUUCUUCGCAGGCCGGGAGAAGGGUCGCUGUGUGGCCUCGGAGUAUUUCCUUGAACCAGAGAUCAACUUGGUGACGGAAAACACGGAGAAUAUUCUGAAGACAGUGCGCACGGCCACCCCAUUCCCCAUGGUCAGUCUCUUCCUAGUGUUCACGGCCUUCGUCAUCAGUAACAUCGGCCACAUCCGCCCGCAGAGGACCAUUCUGGCCUUCGUUUCUGGCAUCUUCUUCAUCCUAUCCGGGCUCUCCUUGGUGGUGGGCUUGGUUCUCUACAUUUCCAGCAUCAACGACGAGGUCAUGAACAGGCCCAGCAGCUCUGAGCAGUAUUUCCACUAUCGCUACGGGUGGUCUUUUGCCUUCGCGGCUUCCUCCUUCCUCCUCAAAGAGGGGGCCGGCGUGAUGUCCGUGUACUUGUUCACCAAGCGCUAUGCGGAGGAGGAGAUGUACCGCCCGCACCCGGCCUUCUACCGCCCGCGCCUCAGCGACUGCUCCGACUACUCGGGCCAGUUUCUGCAGCCCGAGGCGUGGCGCCGCGGCCGCAGCCCCUCCGACAUCUCCAGCGACGUCUCCAUCCAGAUGACGCAGAACUACCCUCCCGCCAUCAAGUACCCGGACCACCUGCACAUCUCCACCUCGCCCUGCUGAGGCCCGCCCCUCGGCUCUCCCUUCUCCUUCCCCUGCUCCUCCUCCUGCUCCACCUCCGCCCUUG